AUGGCCCUCCUGCGCCACGCCCGCGUCUACACACUAGCUCAGCGUUUCGGCGUCCCCGCCCUCGCAACCCUCGCCCACAAGAAGAUCCACCUCACACAAAGCACCGCACGCGGCGAAAUCGAGUACGCCCGCUACGUCUACGGCCACACCAAGGUCUCGGACGAGAGCAUCCGCAAGCCCGUCGCUGCCUUUUGGGCUACGAGGUCACACGUCUUGCGCCACGAGGCAGAAAAGGAGUUCCGCAGCAUGUGUCUCGAGUUUCCUCAGUUCGGGUUCGAUGUCCUCAGCUUGGUGCUGGAUAACCAGGAGAAGAGGACUGCUAGGUCCGAGACUACGAUCGGCGGUGGUCGCAAGAGGCCGCGUGUCAGUGCUGUUUAG